AAGUUUGAGUAUACUCCAAACUGUGGUUUUCCUUGCACUUUCUAUGCUUAUGCUGAUUCCUUCAACAUUACCCAAGUCAAUACUAUCAAUGCAUACAAAACUGCAGCUAUCAUUUACAAUUUUAUAUCAAUAUAAUGAAUCACCUUAAAAUAAUGUCCAACAUGGAGACUUGAUCAAUCUGUCACCAUCUUUAUACCUCUCCAUGUUACAAUAUUUCUUCUCCUAGUAAUCAAACUCAUCUAAAUCUCUGAAAUCAUCUAAGCAAACUCCAUGGAUAGACUUGUGAAGCUAGAUGUAAAAGAAGUGAACAUAGUCUUUAACAGAAAUGAAAUUUGUUCCACCACCUUUAAGGUAACUAAUCUCAUGCACACCAUGGCUGUGGCUGUGUCUCUUACCACUACAAAUCCUUCUGUUUUGUCAAUAACACCUCCUUUCUAUGUUCUGCCUCCUCUGUCAACGUCGUCUUUCGCUCUAUGUUUGUCGCAGCCAUCUGAUUACCCUCCUCUGGCUACUCCUCUGGACAGUAUCAUAGUGAAAUCAACCAUGCUUCCUACUGGAAAAGCCAAUCUGGAGGCACUGCAGAAGCUGUUUUCGAAACCUGGUCCUAAGAUAUUUAAGGAUGCUGUGAUUCCCAUCACCUUUGUCGGUCCUCAAGUCGUGGAAUUCCUCCUCAGUCCUUCAAGGAAAAUAGAUAGUGCUUAUGUUCUGUCAAAGGCGAUCAAAGCAUGUGAUGAAUCUGAGCUUUGUUUGUUAUUGAGGUCAGCUGUUAAGUGUGGAAAUUGUUAUUUUGCGUCUACGCUGAUUGAAGCUGGAGCUGAUGUAAAUAAAUGUGAUUUCACUAAUCGGUCUUUGAUGUCCUUGGCAAUUCAAUCUGGAAAAUCUGAUAUGCUUGAUUUGUUGAUUGAUUGCGGUUAUGUUGUUGAUAAUUCAGAAGAUCGGUUAUUGCACGAAGCAGCAGCAAUGAAUCGACUGGAUUUGAUGGAAACUUUGUGCCUAGGCUAUUUAGAUAUUGAUGUGAAUUUGGCUGAUUUACAUGGCAGAACAGCCCUUCAUGUUGCUGCAAUUUAUGGACAUGUGGAAGUUCUUCAAUUUCUUGUAUCACUAGGAAGCGAUCCUGAUGCAGCAGAUCAAAACGGUUGGACACCGCUUCAUUGUGCUUCAAUUGCUGGACAUGUAGAAGCAGCUGAAUUUUUGUUGACUUGUUCAGUUUAUGUGAAGUAUGCAUUAACUAAAGAGAAACAAACUGCAUUUGCUCUAGCAGUCGAAAAGGGUCAUUUAGAUUUAUAUGAUAUGUUACAAUUAGGGGAUGCACUGCAUAGAGCUGCAAGAAUAGGUGAUGUUCAUGAGAUCAAGAGAUGUAUUGCAGAAGGAGCUAAGGUAAAUGGAAAAGAUCAAAAUGGCUGGACCCCUUUGCAUAGAGCUGCAUUCAAGGGUCAAACAGAGAGCGUAAAGGUUUUGCUUAAUCAUGGAGCUAAUGUUGAUGUGAUUGACAAUUCGGGCUACACACCACUUCAUCGUGCAGUUGAGGCUGGACAUGUACCAGUGGCUUUGGCUUUGAUUGGACACGGAGCAAAAGCAAAUAUGAAGGGUCUCAAAGGUGUGGUUCCAUUGCAUUUGGAUUCUUUCAAGAACCAUCUUUCUCUUGUCACCCCUUCGUGUGAGGAGAAAGAAAGAGCUUAAAUCUAUGUACAGAAUUUAGCGUGUCAUGUAUAUCUGAGUACUGAGGUGUGUUCUUUAAUCUGAUAACUUGUGAUCAGAUAUUUAGGACUUGCGUUUUGUAAAUAAGGCCUAAAGGUCUUGCAUAACUCUGAAUUAUGAGUAUUAGUGUGGUUAGCCUUCAGAUUGUAAAUCCUUGUGCAAGAGAAUAGAACUUGUGUCAAUUAGA